AUGGCACAAACGCGUUACAUACUGCCGCUUUUGAUGCCUGAAAGACAAUUGGUACGCGCUUUUCCAGCGCCCUACAAUGACGUCGUCUCACCAUAUGCCGAGGUGAAGGAUUUUUCCAAAGCAGUACGUUUCGAAUCGCAAUGGCAGCCAAAAUUAAAAUUACGUCCACGCAAAGUUAUACUCAUCGGCGAUGUGGCGGUGGGUAAGACAACAAUGGUGAAUAGAUUUUGUUUCGAUAAAUUUGCUGAAAAAUAUAAAGCAACAAUUGGUGUCGACUUUGAGAUAGAGAACUUUAAUGUGCUGGGGCAAAAUUUCACGCUUGAAAUGUGGGAUACAGCUGGCCAAGAACGCUUCAAAUGCAUUGCACAGGCUUAUUAUCGAAAUGCUAAUGUUAUUAUAGUCGUUUUUGAUAUGUCCAAACCAGAAACACUGAAUUCAGCAACAAAAUGGCUCAAAAGCGCACUGGCUGUUAAUACAAUACAAAUGCCAUUAACUUUUUUAGUUGGCACCAAAUCUGAUAUGUUGACCAAAGAAGAAUUUGUACGCGUUGAACGUCUGGCCGCAGAUGUUGCUGAAGGUAUUAAAGCUGAAUAUUGGUCAGUUUCUGCGCGAACUGGCUAUAAGGUUGUGGAUUUUUUUCAACGUGUAGCCGCGCUAUCCUACGAGACUGCAUGCAAGGAUGCAAUUAUAGAACGCCACUUUUUAGAGAAAUCUGUGGCGGUGCGUUUACAACGAAAAUCAAAACAAUGCGGUUAG